UCGGCCCGGGCCCCCUCCCUGCCGGCUCCGGGAGGCGGGGACGCGGCGUUGGCGGCGGCGGCUUCUCCUGUCUAGUCUUUCUCACUCACUGGGGAACCCGGCAGUCGCGGCACCUUCGGAGGCAGAGCCGUGGAGCCGCAAGCCCGUUGGGCAGCUAGUGGGAAGUCGGACAGACUAAGGGCAGAGCCGACAGACGGACGGAGAGCAGAGCAGCCAGACGGCUGGAGUCGCCUCAAGUUCCGCCAUGAGCUGGGGCACGGAGCUGUGGGAUCAGUUCGACAGCUUAGACAAGCAUACACAAUGGGGAAUUGACUUCUUGGAAAGAUAUGCCAAAUUUGUUAAAGAGAGGAUAGAAAUUGAACAGAACUAUGCGAAACAAUUGAGAAAUCUGGUUAAGAAGUACUGUCCCAAACGUUCCUCCAAAGAUGAAGAGCCAAGGUUUACCUCGUGUAUAGCCUUUUUUAACAUCCUUAACGAGUUGAAUGACUAUGCAGGACAACGAGAAGUAGUAGCAGAAGAAAUGGCGCACAGAGUUUAUGGUGAAUUAAUGAGAUAUGCUCAUGAUCUGAAAACUGAAAGAAAAAUGCAUCUUCAAGAAGGACGAAAAGCUCAACAGUAUCUUGAUAUGUGCUGGAAACAGAUGGAUAAUAGUAAAAAGAAAUUUGAAAGAGAAUGUAGAGAGGCAGAAAAGGCACAACAGAGUUAUGAAAGAUUGGAUAAUGAUACUAACGCAACCAAGGCAGAUGUUGAAAAGGCCAAACAGCAGUUGAAUCUGCGUACACAUAUGGCUGAUGAAAAUAAAAAUGAAUAUGCGGCACAAUUACAAAACUUUAAUGGAGAACAGCACAAACAUUUCUACGUAGUGAUUCCUCAAAUUUACAAGCAACUACAAGAAAUGGAUGAACGAAGGACUAUUAAACUCAGUGAGUGUUACAGAGGAUUUGCAGACUCAGAACGCAAAGUUAUUCCUAUCAUUUCAAAGUGUUUGGAAGGAAUGAUUCUCGCCGCAAAAUCAGUUGAUGAAAGAAGAGACUCUCAAAUGGUAGUGGACUCCUUUAAGUCUGGAUUUGAACCUCCAGGAGAUUUUCCAUUUGAAGAUUACAGUCAACAUAUUUAUAGAACCAUUUCUGAUGGGACUAUCAGUGCAUCCAAACAGGAAAGUGGGAAGAUGGAUGCCAAAACCACAGUAGGAAAGGCCAAGGGCAAGUUGUGGCUCUUUGGAAAGAAGCCAAAGGGCCCAGCACUGGAAGAUUUCAGUCAUCUGCCACCAGAACAGAGACGUAAAAAACUACAGCAACGUAUCGAUGAACUUAACAGAGAACUACAAAAAGAAUCAGACCAAAAAGAAGCACUCAACAAAAUGAAAGAUGUGUAUGAGAAAAAUCCACAAAUGGGGGAUCCAGGGAGUUUGCAGCCUAAAUUAGCAGAGACCAUGAAUAACAUUGACCGCCUACGAAUGGAAAUCCACAAGAAUGAGGCUUGGCUCUCUGAAGUUGAAGGGAAAACAGGUGGAAGAGGAGACAGAAGACAUAGCAGUGACAUAAAUCAUCUUGUAACACAGGGACGAGAAAGUCCUGAGGGAAGUUACACUGAUGAUGCAAACCAAGAAGUCCGAGGGCCACCCCAACAACAUGGUCAUCACAAUGAGUUCGAUGAUGAAUUUGAAGAUGACGAUCCCUUGCCUGCUAUUGGACACUGCAAAGCUAUCUACCCUUUUGAUGGACAUAAUGAAGGUACCCUGGCAAUGAAAGAAGGUGAAGUUCUAUACAUCAUUGAGGAAGACAAAGGUGAUGGCUGGACAAGAGCUCGGAGACAGAACGGUGAAGAAGGCUACGUUCCCACAUCAUACAUAGAUGUAACUCUAGAGAAAAACAGUAAAGCUGUGUUGCACAAACUUUCCUUUUAAACCGUCUUCUCCUCUGCGUCCAUAAGAAGUGACCCUACGCCACAUACGUCAGUCUGCCCACAGGCUGGACAGCAUUUACUGUGCUUCUGCUUGAAUUCCUGGUCAGAGAGCACCUGGUCUUCCUGGCAUUUCAAAACUUGGGAAGGUAUUGUUUGCUACAAUUAGUGUCACAUCUGUUGUUUUAGGUAAUCUUAAUUGCAGAAGAUUCAGCUUUUUAAAGGGGCAAAUAUGAAGCUAUGACUGUUAACUUCUAGAAACCCCAAAAGAGAAUAAAACUCAGGGUUAAUCCUGAACAAGGAGGGGUCUCUGUUGUUGUGAUUAAUAGAGAUCUAUGCCAAGCUUGGAAGUGGCAGGAAAACAGUGUCAGUAACAAAAACUCAAAACAAUGAAAAGGGCUUUUGCUAUCUGAACUGAGAUCAGGGAAGUCAAAUCCAACUUGCUAGGGAAAGAUAACAUCCCUGUAACAAUCUCAAGAGGAAAAUGAUCUCCAGACUUGUUGAAAAGGAUAGAUUUUCUUUGUGAGAAGCUAUUAGUUUAGAUGAAAAAAUCUAAAGAAAUACCAAACCUAUUUCAAUGAGCUCAUCAUAUACCUGGGGUCAAAUGCAUUCCUGACUAUAGUUACUGUGAGUAAGAAACUACAGAAAAUAGAAGAGGUGCCAAAAGAUUAGAGAUGGAAAAAUACAGGUGAGGAGUAAGUUCUGAAAAGUUUGACGACUCUUAAAAGUACUUGACAAUUUUGUCAGCAUUUAAGAGAAAAUGUGAUGGACAACUGACCUAGAUCCUAAGCUAAGAACAGGCCACAUCAAAUUAACCUCAUUCCUUUCUUUAGAUACAACUGGGAAACUCAAUGGACAUGAAUGUCUUGAUUCCAGCACAGUUUCAGCAUUUGGCAGAAUUUCUUACUCAUUCUUGUAAGGUGGUGAUAGCAUUAUUGUAGAAAAUGGGAGCUCGCAAUAAAGCUGACUUAGUAAACCCAGAAUAUCAACCCUGAGGAAAACUUCUUGUGGAAGAUAUGUAUGAACCAUACAUAAUAAAUGUAAAUCUGCCACCCAACUUAAAUAGAAAAUUAUCCUCUUCCUCCAAGGAUAACCACUAUCCUGAAUUUCUUCGUUUUUCUUAGUUUUACCACAAGGGUAUUUUUUCCAAAACUUGAUUAGCUUUCCGUGUUUUUGCAAAGUAUAACGAAUAUAAUAAGUUCCAGUACAUGGGGGUUUAUCUCAAAAACCACACAUGAUUCUUUGUGAUGCAUUUCUGGUUUGAGCACUGGGGACAAAGCUGAAGGACUUACAGUAGAUAUACUAUUAUUUCAAGUGUUGGGGAAUCUUAUCUGGUUUUGUAAGCCCUUGAGUGGGAGGAGGAACCUGGGCAACCAAGCUAAAGAGGAUCUCGUCUGUUCAUCCUCCCAGAGAAAUGCCUCAUCCUGCUGAAGGGCAACAUAUGUCUAAGCUCUGGUAGCAGCUGGGAAGAUUGGAAAGGGAGUGUGGGCAGGCACAGGUGUUUAGGGACAUAGCCCCUUGUGGUGCAGUAAUGGCCCUUUAGAUUUUUUUUUUUUUUAACAUUUUGGCAACUUGUUCUGUGGUGGAGGGUGGCCUGUCGUGUGCACUGAAGAGGCAUGAGGCGAGUGACUCUUCCAGGAUUCUCCUACCCAGAAGAGUAUGCUCUAAAGCAAGUGAUAACACAACUGCUCUUUUCUUCCCUCUCUUCCCUUGGCUGAGCUCCAGACAGGAGUAUCAUAUUUGUUUGCCCUCUCCAUCUCUACAAGUUCACCCUUCUUGACCUAACCAAGCUGCUCAUCCAACCAUUGUUUCUUGGUUGGCCAAUGCAGGGGCUGGGGGCAGUUUUGGGUAUGAAAUGAGACAGAAACACAAGUUUCCAGUUCCGGCAACCAAGAUCAUCAGUCCCCACCCAAUUAGCCCUGUCUUCUCACCCUUUAUCUCUAGUUGGGAGCACCUGCCACUAGCUCUUGGCAUAUAGCCAGCACCCAGGUGGUACUGUCCUGUCUGAUAAGAUGGGGAUCAGCUGCAUGUCCCUUCUCUUCAGGUGCCAAAGAGCAUAUUCGUUAAUGACUACCAAUUGAAUGGGGGAAGCCCUUGGAAGAGUUUGCAUCCGCAUAUGAGAGCAUCAUUUAGCUGGUGGGAGCCAUGUCAAAAAAAUUCUACCAACCCAACUGUUGAAACAAGUGAUUUGGAAAUUAUUAGUGAUUGCUGAAUGAUUUGUGCUACUUUCAUCACUUGAUAAAGUUUUAUUGUGUAGUUGGUUUAUUUAAAGAAUACAAGGGUUGGGUCCCCUGGGUGGCUCAAUUGGUUACACAUCCAACUUCGGCUCAGGUCACGAUCUUAUGGUUGGGGAGUUUGAGCCCCAUGUCAGGCUCUGCUGACAUUUCGGGGCCUGGAGCCUGCUUCAGAUCUUGUGUCUCCCUCUUUCACUGACCAUCCCCUGCUUGCGCUCUGUCUCUUUCUCAAAAAUAAGUAAACAUUAAAAAAAAAUAAAGGGUUUAUUUUCUUGAUUUACACAUUGACAUCUAUUGUUGAUUCAUAUAUGAAUUCUAUAUUAACAUUUAAAUAUUUUGAAUAUUGCAUGGUAUCUUCUGAGACUUGGUUUUUCACUCAGCUCUAAGAUUUAAUCAUGUUUAUGCAUAGUUCAUUUUAGUGUGUAUAGUUCAUUUUAGUGUGUAUAGUAUUCUAUUAUAUAAAUACACAAUUUACCCAUCCUCUUGAUGGACAAUUGGGCUAUGUCCUGAAUUUUGCUUGCAUAAACAAUGCUGCUAUGCACAUUCUUAUGCAUGUUUACGGAUACAGGAGUUCUGUAUUGCUAGUUUGUGGGUUAUAUUUAUCUUCAGUUUUUAAAAAAAAUGCCACAUUUUUCCUUCACAGUGAUUAUAACAGUUCUACAUACCUACAGCUUGUAUAUCAAGGUUACUUAGGCUCCAUAUCCUGGCCAAUUUUUGUCAUUUCGACAGAUGAAAAUGGUAUGUAUCUUUAAUUUGCCUUUCCCUGUUUAUUGAUGAAGUUAAACAUACUUUGCAUUUUCUGUGAAAAGCCUGUUUAUAUGUUUUGCCCAUUUUUUUUCUGGUUAUCUUUCCAUAUCUAUUCAUGGGAAUUCUUUAUUAAGGAUGCUAAUUAGUUAUUUUGCUGUGUAGCAUAAUAAAACUGGCCCAGUUUCUCAGGAGGCUGCAGUCAAGGUGUCAGUCACAUGCUGUUGGCCAGCCUCAGGACCUUGCCGUGUGGAUUUCUUCAUAGGGAUGCUCAGAACAUGGCAUCUUGCUUGCCUCAGGGAUCCAAGAGAAAAAGAAGCUGUAGUUUUUGUAACCUAAUCUCAGACAUGAUGCAGCAUUACGUCUGCCCCAUGUACUUGGUAAUGCAGAGCAAACCUGCUACAGUGUAGGAGGGGACAACAGAAGGGUGUGAACACCAGGCUGCAGGGACGGUCAGUGACCAUUGUUGGAGGCUGCCUAUCAUACUAAUCUUUGGUUAGUUUCAUGUCUUUUUAGUAACAUCUCUUUGUUCUUUCAAUUUAUGACCUCUUUUGAUGAGUAGAAGUCUGUUUUAAUGUAGAUUGACCAAUCUUUUAUAUUUAAUGUUGUUUUCUGUCUAGUUUAAGAAAUUCUUCCUUGAUUCAAAGUAAAAAGGAUAUUCUAGAUUUCCUUCUAAAUGUGUUAUAGUUUUACCUUUCGCAUGUGUGUUAUUUUGGUGUAUGAUAGGAGGCAGGGGGCUGUUUUCUUCCCUUUCAUUUGCUUAACCAGUUGUCCAAGAAUUAUUUAAAAAGUCAUCCUUUCCCCCACUGAUUGCCAAAGUUACUUCUGUCAUUUAUCAAAUUUCCAAUGACAAUUUAAUUACUGUAGCUUAAUAAUCAGCUUUUAGGUCUAGUAGAACAGAUUCCCCCCUCCCUCCAUCUUAACUUCCUAGGAUGGUAUUGACUACUUCUAGUCAUGUAAAUUUUAGGAAAACCUUAUCAAGCUUGAAAAAUCCUGUUGGAUUUUGAAUGGGAUUGCAUUGAGCUUAUAGGUCAUUUUAAGAACUAGUAUCUCUGAUACCAAAUUUUGAAAUCUAGGAACAUGAUGCUCCCGUUCAUUUACUUUUCUUCAGAUGUUUAAAGUUAAAAAUUUUUUUCACCAAAUUCUUGUACAUCUUUUGUUAAAACCAUUCCUAGGUAUCACAUUUUUUUUUGCAAAUGUUUUAAUACCUUGUUAUAAAGUAUAUGUUCAGAGAAAUGCAUAAAACUUAAAUGUAAGCUUAAGUUACUAGAAAGUCAACACUUGGGUCUGGAAAUACAACAUUACCAGCACUCCAUACUCCCACUGUGUCCUCCUGAUCACACCCUGUUCUCUUAUAAUUAUCCUGACCUUUUCUAAUGCACUUUACUUUUUUAUGUAUUUUUAUGCUUUAUGUUUCUUAGAGUAUAAGGUGGUUUUGUGUUAAAUCUAGAAUGCUCUUUUAACUGGCAGGUUCAGUGUAUUUAUGUUUGUAAUGAUUAUUGAUAAAUUUGGACUUAUUUCUGCCAUUUUUGUGCCUGCUAUUCAUCUCACUUUACUGUCUCUUUACAUAUAUAUUUUUUCGUUUUCUCCAUUUUUUCCUCUACUGUUUGAAACUUUGACCCUAGUUUUUCUUAAUAAUAUUUACCCUUGACAUUUUAUAUACUUAAAGCUAAUCAGUAUGUUUUAGCUGAACAAAGGGGGUCCCUUUGUUCUUCUACUGAUGAGAAGAAUAACACUUGAUCAGAACUCUAGUAACGCAUCUCCCCAUUCCUGGCUUAUGUUGUUUUAAUUAACUUUUCAACCUCACAUGGUAGACACUGUUGUUUUAGUAUACCUAAAAGCCUACCAGUUUCUCUGCUUGACAGUCCUUAAGUCUCCACCCUUUUUUCUAGAUGAAUUGCUUCCUCCCCACCCCACUUUCUUUCCUUCUGAAGCUGUUAGCACAGAGCCAGACUCGGGUCCCGAACUCAAUGAACCACGUUGAGUUUGAUCUGAGCCAAAGUUGGAUGCUUAAUUGAGCCACUUAGGUGCCCCUCUAGUUGCUCUUUCAAACUAUGGCUUUUUUUUUCACCCCAGGGCAUUUGGGGCUGCUGUGGGCUAGGGGCCUGGGGCUCACCAAGGUGGCAGGCUGGCUAUGGUGCCAGGACCAUGUUCCUAUCUGCACUGUUAAGGUGAAAGGGAAACAAACCAUGGUGCUCAUUAGUCUCUCUGACCCAGAGAGUUCCAGCAGCUCCCCAACUAUUUGGCAGGGUGCUAGGGCUAGUUCCUUUAUGUUCUAGUAGCCCUUUUAAACCAUGGCACUUUUUUUUUUCCUGUGCCCCAGGGCAAACGAAUCUGCUCACGGUUUUUCAGUACCAUCCUUGUUCACUGCAGUUUGCAGCUUUGGGGGUGUGUGUGUGUGGGGGGGGGUCCCUUUGUUACUGUGUCACCAUUCCUCUUGCUGUUCUCUGUGUGGUUUCUACCUCUUGUUGAGCAGAAGCUGUUCAGUCAGCCCUCAGUUCUUUAGGAGGAAUUGCUCUAUAAAUAGGUGUAAAAUUUGGUAUAUCUGUGGAAGAGGUGAGUUCAGGGUCUUCCUAUGUUGCCAUCUGGGACUGGAAGCUCACCAGUCCCAUUAGUUCCAAAUGCAUUGAUGUCAUGAAAUAUACUAACAUCUGGGUACCUACUUUAUAUCAGGUGCUGUGUUGCACACAGGAUAUGAUGAGGUUAACCUGACCAAAGUCAACUGCUAGCAAACACCACAGGUCUACCCUAUAUAACUAUUGACUCUGUCUCCCAGACCGAACCUUAAAUUCUCCAUCCCACGCUCAUUAAUUUUGGUUUAUUAGGAUAUAGUCUCUAGGGAAGAAGGUAGGAGAUAAGAUUAUUCUAUGCUGAUGAGUUGUUUAAUAUUAAAGAGACUAGAUACAAUUGUUUCACAAAAAGAUAUAUUUUCAUUUGACUAUUUACAUUUCUCAUAUUUAAAGAAUAUCAUACAACUGAUACCUUCUGAAAUGUUUCAUGCUUUUAAACUCUGUUCUAUUUACACUUAUCUGACAAGAAAUUUAAAAUGGUCAAACGCCUCAGUAAUAGAAAGCAACCAGCCAACAUAGCCAGAUCUUCUCUUAAAUUUGCUGAUCAACAUUAGCAAUAGUUACCUUCAUAAUAAAUUAUCUUCAUUUUAAAAUCAGUAGUAAUUUUAAACAAUUCAUAAAUAAGUGUGCUCUGUGCAAUUUACAUGUUUAAUAUCCUGUGGAUACUAAAAGCUUGUAUACUGUCAGAUUUGCACAUUGUUACUUUAUCAAACAAUAAGCCUUCCCAAAGAAGAAACUGGAGAAGCUUGAAAUAAUAUCCUAAGGUAUUCUCGAGAGUUAUCAAAGCUCUGCCUGCUUUACUGGAGGAGGUUCCAAUUUACGUGAGAGGGCAGUUAAAAUCUGGUUGAAUUUCUCAUAUCUUUCUGUCUGAUUGACUUGUGCACCUUUGCUGCCCCAUAGCAAUCGCAUUUGAAAUUCAGUCUUGAAGAUUUCACUCAUUUCUUCAUCUGGUUGAAAACCUAAUAUAAAAAGAGAACAGUUAAUUCAGUUUUCGAAUACAGACUGAAAGACUACUUGCAUAAGGUAGGUAGGAUCAAAAUGAACUUCAUCUUGUAUCAGAACUUUAAGAAGAGCCCCAAGGAAAAAUCCAGGCUCUGUUUUCCAUAAGGGAAGGGCAGAGCCCCAUGGUCAAGGACCUGAGCACUUUCAGAGAAGGGAUACCAAGGAGACUGACUAAAACAGGACAGAAUAAAAUUGGUGUGCACAAGCCACUGUGGGAAAGUGUUUAAAGUACCUUGUUUUGUUCUGUUUUUACAGCUUUCUUGAUGUACAGUUUAUGUGUCAUGAUUCUGCAGUUUGAUUUAGAAUACCCUGUACAAGUUGUAGAACCAUCACCACCACUUUUAGAAUAUUUCCGUCACCCUCAAGUUACCUAGUGCCUCUUUGCUUUCUGUUGCUAUUGAUUCACCUACAGAUUUGAUAGAAAUGGAAACCUACGAUGUGGCCUUUAGGUCUGGUUUAUUUUGCACCAUGUUUUUGAGAGUAUUCCAUGUUGUUGCCUGUUAUCAAUUCAUUCCUUUUCACUGCUGAGUAGUAUUCAGUUAUACAGACAUUCCACGUUUUGUUUAUCCAUUUACCAACUGAUAGAUUCGGACUGUUUCCAGUUUCUGGCUGUUAUGAAUACUGUUGUAAACAUUUGUAUAUAAGUCUUUGCGUGGACAUGUGUUUUCUCUAGUAGAGGAAUUACUGGGGCAUAUGGUAAAUCUAUGUUUAUUUUAGAGAAACUGUCAAACUCUUUUCCAAAAUGGUUGUACCAUUUUAUAUUCUCACCAGCUCCAGCUUCUCCACAAGCUGCCAAAUCUUAGUAUUAUCAUUCUUUUUAAAUUGUAACCAUUGUAGACAGUGUGUAUUAUCUCACUGUGGUUUAAAUUUAUAUUUCCCUAAUGACUAAUGCUUUGAACAUCUUUCUAUGUAGUUAUUUGUCAUUUGAAGAUCUGCUCAGGUGUAGCGUCUAUUCAAAUCUUGUUUGCCUUCUUAAUGAAUUCUAAGAGUACUUUAUACAGUCUAGAUAUAAAUCCUUAAUUGGAUAAAUGUUUAGCAAAUAUCUUCUUAUAGUCUGUGGCUUGCCUUUUUACUUUCUUAAUGGUAUCUUCUGAAGAGCAAAAUUUAGAAUUUUGAUUCAUCAGCAUUUUUUGGUGUGGUUCAGGCUUUUUGGGUCCUAAAAUAGCUUUGCUAAUCCAAGGCCACAGUGAAUUUUCCCUAUGUCAUCUUAUAGAAGCUUUAUACUUUAGCUCUUACAUUUGGGUCUGUGAUCCAUUUUGGAUUGAUUAAUGUAUAUGGUAUGCAGUAAAGAUGAUUCAUUUUUUCUUUUGCAUAUCAUAUCCAAUAGUUCCAGCACCAUUUGUUGAAAGACUAAAUCCAAUGAAUUUCGUUGGCACCUUUCUCAAAAAUAUAUUGACAGCCAUAUGUGUGGAUCUGUUUCUUGACUCUCUCCCUCUGUUUCAUAAGAGAAGAUCUGCUCUACUUAAAGCCAAGAAUAUUCAGUCAACUCUAUUAGUGAAGUAGAGACCAACAGCCAAAGAGUCAGACAGGCUGUGGUUCUCAUCUUUGAUUACUUCUGGUUUAAUCUGCUCUGUCCUUAAAUAUAUCUCUACCAUCUAGAUUUAUAGGAUCUUUGUGGUUAAGAAUAGAAGCCUUCUUUGUCCAUCCUUCCAUGUGAAGCCAGAAUAUCUUUGACAGAUAACAUCCUGGAGGCCAGAUGACGACUUCCAUUCAUUCAGUUAACAUGCUUUGAGUCCCUGCCUUGGGCUGGGUAUUUGUUAGUUGAGCAAAUCUCUGCUCCUACUGGGUUCAUAGUUACUUCCAGCAAUGGGAACUUGCUAUAUAAACCUGUAGCAGGAUUAACUGAGAAAUACCAUUAGAUACCUUUAAAGUGAUUUGCUAUAGAGCAGCUUAAAGUGCUUUUCUCAAAACCCAUUCUAAUAUAUUGGCUUAGGCAACAUCUAGGGUAGUAUAGUUAUUAGCCUUGUAUAAAUAGGCACUCUAAUAUCUGGUGAAUUGAAUUAUGUGCUUUUAUUUUUUGAAUCCUACACUGCUAACUGUGGAGAACUUUCUGAGGAAAAACUUGAAACAGGUAUGUAGUUCUUAAACCUACAGCAGUAUAAAUUGUUUAGACCCAAAUUCUGGUUCUGAAGCAACAACUUUGCUUUAUGGUGAAAUAAAUAGGCCUCUCCUGCCCUAUAUAAUUUUUUCUUAACUUUGUGGAUAUAACUUUGGGCCCUUGAAGAAUUUCAGAAAUACAGUGAAGAAGAGAAAAUAGUCAUUCCUGAUAACCACCUUGAGUAAAGCCUUCUUUCUCGUACCUGCUUCCUAAAUGGUCUUUUUGCCUACAAGCCCUCAGCCCUCCAGCCUCCCACACACAGAUGCAAAAUUUAAAAUAAAUCUGACCAUGUCAUGACACUUUCCCAUAUUUAAAACCCUUAACAGACUCUUUCUCAGCUGCAGUCCUACAGGGAAGUCCUUCCCACCUCCAUCCACCUCCUUCAGUCUAGGUGGUCAUUACUUAAGGCACACUUUACAUGAAUCCAGACCUAAGUACUGGUGGUUUAUAUUUCUCUCCACGCUGUCUCUGCAGUGCCUUUACCUGUGUUGGACCCUCUGAUGCUAAAAGCAGGGGAGCUCACCUCCCAGUGUGACUGGGAAGAAACAGGAAUGCAGAUAAAUGAAGUCACACAGAAGUCUAACUCCCCAUAUUGGCCCAUCACAUCUUCAAAUAGCUCUGAUCAGGAGUUCUAAUGGUAGGUAGGCUGACCAAUUCCUUGUUGACCCUUUCUCUCAGCUUAUUCUAUGCCACUGACACAACUGAACACAUAAAAAAGGAUAAACAGGACUCUCAAGUCACUUAGAGAUUAAGAGAAAGUAAGGAUUCAUCAUAAGAAAUGGAAUUUCAUGCCUUAAUCUUUCCUAUUUGGUCUUUUCCUGAGACCAUCCAUGCUUUUUCAAAGUUCCUUCAUUCUAAUCACUCUGCAGAGUAGAGAGUGGCCUAUAGAACAUAGCUCUUACCUUCCAAGAUCCUCUCGGCAUUCAUCCGGUAGCUGUCUGCAGCCUCUGCCAUGAGACGGGCUGUUGCCAAGUGGUUCAGCAUAAUCUCACAGCUUUCGUCAUUUUUUUCCCACAUGUCAGUUCCUUCAAAAGUGACCUCCUGGCGCUCCAUUAAGGUCACAAGAGGCAUCAAUAGUGGGACUGAUAUUUUGUUGGGGGGAACACACGUAGACUCUGAAAAACAGGGUAAAGUUUUCUAUGUUAUAUUCUUUUCUCCAAGUUAAGCAAAGACAGUUCCAAUUCAAGAUGGCGACGUAGGAGGAGCCUGUGCUUACCUCCCCCCAGUGGACACACCCAACUCUGCAGGUAAAUAUGGAAAUUCCUCUGGAAAAAAACUAAAAACUGAGCAACUCCUACAUAUCAGGUGAACAAAACGUGGUCCACAUCGAAGCAGGUAGGAGAGGUCAGGACCCAGUCUUGUCAUAAACCCCAACCCUGGCACAGCAACCCACAAUUGGGAGAGAACUCAAAACUUGCAGCCUCCUUGUGUUUAAGACCUGCACCAAAGAGACAAGCCCCCAAAACAUCUAGCUUUGAAAAUCAACCCUGCAUACAUCCGCAAGACCCACAAGUCUGAGACAAUCUGAGAAAGAGCUCUUAAAGGGCUUGUGUGCUCAGACUCACCUGCCCCACGGCUCACCAUGGAGUUAGCCAAUUAAGACGGGCUCAUUUGCUAAUCUUGAAGAGUUGGUCUGAGGAGCAGUCAUUAAUUUAGCACACAGCCAGGGAUCCGCUGGCUGGCAGGCACCAUCUUCACGUUCUUCCUCUGCCUUGUUCUAGCCGGCAGGUGCCAUCAUUUUUUCUUGCUUCCUGUGGGCACCAUCUAUAUGCUCUCCCUCUGCCAAAUUCCAGAGUGCCAGUAUCUCCAGAGGGGAGAUUUUACAUACAUCUGGUGUCUCCAUUUUUGUGGCUGUUCCUCAUGAUACAUCCCUGACCACUUGGCUCUGAAGGCCAGAGGGACUUGUGAUUCCGUGUCUCACAACUGUAACAACUGGAGACACAGGCACCCCUAAGGCAUAGCACAGACAGCCGACUGAGACACAUCCCCAGUCUUUCUGGGAAAGAAGCCUAUUUGCUUGUCCUGGAGCUUUGGCCCGAGGGGUGGGCUUCAUGUUUGGCACACAGAGAUGCUCUGGGGCCUACAGAGAUGCUCCCAGAUAAUGUAGGGUUGUGGACACCAUCUUUGCACUCUCCUUCUGCCUUGCUAUAGCUUCCUGAUACCUCUCAGAAGGGAGCUAGCUAAUACAUUUCUCUGAAGCCCUUUUUUUGCAACUGUCACCCAGGAGACACCUCCAGAUCACCUGGCUCUGGUGGACAGUGGGGCUUAUGCUUGCAUUCCCACAGGAUUAUAUAUAUUUGCAUAAUUUAAAAAACUGAUGCCUGAGGGUCUGGCUUCCAGCUGACCGAAUCUAGGUGCUGAGACCCUCCACUUUGGGACACUGACAGGUCUUGACAUAUCCGCAACUACUGGGAGCCAUGAAAUAUAGAAAAAAGACUGCUUGGACAAACACAAAGGUUAGACAACCAAGAACUAGGUCCGGGUUGAAUGAUAAGGUUCAUCUCCUACAUGAGGCCACUUCUUCAAGCCUGAGAGAGGUGGCUGUUUUAUCUAAUGCACAGAAACCAACACAAAGAGUCAAGCAAAAUGAAGAAACAGGAAUAUGUUCCAAAUGAAAGAACAAAACACAGAAGAAACCUUAAUGAAAUGGCAAUAAGUAAUUUACCUGAUAAAGAGUUCAAAAUAGUGGUCAUAAAGAUGCUCACUGAAUUUGGGUCAAGAAUAAACACAGUGAGGACGUCAAGAGGUAGAAAAUAUAAGUACCACACAGAAGUCACAGAGCUGAAGAAAACUGAAAAUUACGUGAGAGGGUUUCAACAGAUAGAUGGAGCAGAAGAAAGGAGUAGUGAACUCAAAGACAAGACAAUGGAACUCCUACAAUCAGAGCAACAAACAGAAAAAAAAAAAAACGUGAAUAUCGUCUUCUUGAUGACAUUCCAUAACUCCCUUAAACUAACAUUUGCAUUAUAGGAGUCCUAGAAAAAAAGAGAAAGGGGCAGAAAACUUACUUGAUGAAAUAAUGGCUGAAAACUUCCCUAACUUGGAGAAGGAAAUCGACAUCCAGAUCUAGGAAAGCCCAGAGAGUUACAAAUAAGACCCACCCAAUUAAAUUGUCAAAAGUUAAUGAAAAGGAAAAAAUCUAAAAA